AUGUCGGUUUCGAUAUUCGGCGUCGGCGGACAGAAAACGGCCGUCGCGAAAGGACGCGUAUCGUUGACGCUCGCACCGCGAACCGACGGCCCCGUGAUGUCGGUCUCCGCGCUCGUGCUCCCCCGGCUCACAAUAUACGCCGCCGGUGUCGAGGCCGGCGCUGACACGUGGACUCAUCUUCGGGGUCUGGAGCUGGCGGAUCCCGAAUUCAGCGCGUCCGACUCGGUGGAUAUCCUUCUCGGUGCCGACGUUUACGCGGUAAUAUUGAAGGAAGGACUUCGCAAGGGGGGUAACCGCGAGCCCGUCGCGCAAAACACGACUCUCGGCUGGAUUCUGUCCGGCGCUAUUGGUGAAAGUGCUUCGAGUCACGUCGCGCAAUCCUAUCAGUGCCGUGUCGAGGACGACCUGUCGCAAAUAGUGAGGCAAUUUUGGGAGCAGCAGAAUGUCCCGUCGGCGACUGGACCGCUCUCGAAAGCCGAUCAGGGGUGUGAGGAGCAUUUCGCGCGCACUCACUCGCGUAAACCUGACGGACGCUACGUCGUGCGACUCCCCGUCAUCGAGCUGAUGCCGGAUCUCUACGAUACGCGCCCCGCGGCCGUUCGCGUGAUGAAGGCCAUGGAAGCGAAGUUCGUGCGGGAUGCUCCCUUCCAUGCGCUGUACACGGACUUCAUGCGUCAAUAUGUCGAGCUCGGGCAUAUGACGCCGGUCGAUCCCCCAGCCGAUUCGACAAAAAUGCCCGUCUGUCAUCUGCCUUACCACGGAGUGAUGAAAGAGACCAGCGCGACGACGAAAUUGCGAGUCGUCUUCAAUGGCUCUUCCGCGUUGCCGACGGGAGCGACGCUAAAUAAGUAUCUGCAGACCGGGCCGAACUUGCUGCCGGCGUUGACAGAGAUCUUACUCUGGUGGCGGCGUCACCGGUUCGUUUUCGCGGCGGACAUUGAAAAAAUGUACCGGCAGAUCGAAGUCCACCCGGAGGACAGGGAUCUGCAGCGCAUAGUCUGGCGUGAGAGUCCUAGCGAUGUGUUGCUGGAGUUCCUUUUGAUCAUGCUCACAUACGGCCGGCUUGCUUGUUCUGCGUUCCUGGCGAUUCGCACGCUCCAUCAGCUGGCCAAAGACGAGGGAGUUGAGUUUCCGCUAGGAGCUACCGCCCUUCUACUGGAGACAUACAUGGACGACGUAUUGUCUGGCGCGGACACGAUUUCGAGGGCCAAGGAGAUCAGCUGGACUGAAUCUGCAUGGCGGGCGUCCACCUGGUUGCUGGGAUUGGAUUGGGACUCGCAGCUCCCUGACACCGACGUCCGACGAUGGCUCGAAUUCCAGGCCGAGCUGCCUCUGCUGGAAACGAUCCGAGUGCCCCGAUGGCUGAAGAGCGACCAAGAAGGUGUCAAACGCGAACUUCACGGAUUCGCCGACGCUUCGGAAAAGGCGUACGCAGCGGUGGUCUACCUGCGGACCGAAAGCUCGAGCGGCGAGGUAGUCGUGAGCCUCGUGGCGGCGAAAACCAAGGUCGCCCCUUUGAAGCAGGUCAGUCUUCCACGACUGGAGCUGAACGCUGCCGCCUUACUCGUCCGACUCGCCGAUCACGUUCGGCGGGUCCUCAAGAUCGAAGAGGAUCUGACUCAUCUUUAG